CCCGCCGGCCUGCAGCUUGACACGCCACGUGGUCCCCUCAGUCUCCCGCGGUCGCCUCCCCAGGCAUGGCAGAGGGCCUCGCCACACUAUGGCAGCAGCGAGGCACAGCACGCUCGACUUCACGCUCGGCGCCAAAGCUGACGGUGAGGCCAUUCUGAAAGGCCUGCAGUCCAUUUUUCAGGAGCAUGGGAUGGCAGAGUCAGUCAGCACCUACACGAACAAAAAUGGCAGCUUUGCCAAUUUGAGGAUUUAUCCCCAUGGAUUGGUGUUGCUGGACCUUCAGAGUUACGACAGUGAUGUUCAAGGCAAACAAGAAACUGACAGCCUUUUGAACAAAAUAGAAGAAAAAAUGAAAGAACUGAGUCAGGACAGUACUGGGCGGGUGAAGCGUUUACCACCCAUAGUUCGAGGAGGGGCCAUCGACAGAUACUGGCCUACUGCUGAUGGGCGCCUGGUUGAGUACGACAUAGAUGAAGUGGUGUAUGAUGAAGAUUCACCAUAUCAGAACAUUAAAAUUCUACACUCAAAGCAGUUUGGAAAUAUUCUCAUCCUCAGUGGUGAUGUUAAUUUGGCAGAGAGUGACUUGGCGUAUACCAGAGCCAUCAUGGGCAGUGGUAAAGAAGAUUAUUCUGGCAAAGAUGUACUGAUUCUGGGAGGUGGAGAUGGUGGCAUAUUAUGUGAAAUUGUCAAACUGAAACCAAAGAUGGUCACCAUGGUAGAGAUUGACCAAAUGGUAAUUGACGGAUGUAAGAAAUACAUGCGAAGAACAUGUGGAGAUGUCUUAGACAAUCUUAAAGGAGACUGCUAUCAGGUUCUCAUAGAAGACUAUAUUCCAGUACUGAAGAGGUACGCCAAAGAAGGGAGAGAGUUUGAUUAUGUGAUUAAUGAUUUGACAGCAGUCCCAAUCUCUACAUCUCCAGAAGAAGAUUCUACAUGGGAGUUUCUCAGACUGAUUCUCGACCUGUCCAUGAAAGUUCUGAAACAGGAUGGGAAAUACUUCACACAGGGGAAUUGUGUCAAUUUGACUGAAGCCCUGUCGCUCUAUGAAGAACAGCUGGGGCGCCUGUAUUGUCCUGUGGAAUUCUCAAAAGAGAUUGUCUGUGUCCCUUCAUACUUGGAAUUGUGGGUAUUUUACACUGUUUGGAAGAAAGCUAAGCCUUAAAGAUGAGCAUCCCCUGAAUGUCGUGUGCUGCAAGCCGCCUUCCUGACUUCCAUAUGCCCUAUAUACCAUCAACUGAGUCAGGCAACUGGUCACGAAUUCCUUCAAGUGUUUUUUUUUUUAAUUAUUAUUUUUAAUUUAAAAAAGCCAAUGGGAAAAUGUAUAUUUUAAUGAGCUAGGGUGUUAAUUUUUGAAAGUCAGCUGAAGGACAAUUAGACAGCCCAGCAAAGACUGCGGAAUGCACUGACCCCCUAGAAUGUGAUUUUAGUAUCUUUUUUUUUCUCUGUGUGGGGUUUGGGUUUUAGUAGAUUUUAAUUUGGACAUGUGGAGGAGUGAACAUCAUUGUUUUAUUCUGGAGAGAAGUUCCUGAUAGUGUUUCCCACCCACCCCCCAUUCCCAAAUUGACUUAGAUAUUAAAAUUUGGUGCUUUAAAAAGA